AUGUCUGAUUAUUAGAUCAAAUAUUAAGAAAUCAAAGGAAGCUUAACAAUUCUCUUGCAAUAAAAUAAUAUGCUCAAAUAAUAACUAAAAGAAGCCUUUGAAGAAGUUUAAGAAAAAUAAUAACUAAAAGAAGAAUGGGCAUAGGAAGUCUAAAGAGUUUAAGAAACUAUUUACCAAUUGUCUUAUGACAACUAAAGUAACAAUGAAAUUUACAAUAGAUUUCUAGUAAGAAAAUGAGUAAUUAUUGAGGGAUUGUUAAGAGUCUUCUUAUCUGAUUGAAUAAUAAAUUGAAUAGAUAACAAAUCUUAAAGAUUAAAAUGAAAAACUCUUAGUUUAAUUAGAUUAGAGCAGACAAUCAAAUUUGUAAAAGGAAAUCACAAUAAAAUAAUAGAAAGAUGAAUUUAAUAAGAAAUUAGAAUAAUAGUAAUCAAAUCAUUUUGAAGAAAUAAAAAAAUUAUAAGGGAUCAUAGACAAUUAAAGUGGAUUAAUAUAAUCUUAUGAAAAAUUAAAUGAAAUUGAAAAGCUAGACACUUAAAAUUCAUUCUAUUAACAACAAAUGGCAGUUGAGGAUUAAAUGUUAGAAUUGAAAAAUAGAAACAUUAUUUUAACAAAUAAAAUAACAGAAGAGAAGUAGAAGUAUGAUUAAUUAUUUGAAUAACAUAAAGAUGAAGUUCUAAAAUUAUAAGGUGUAAUUAAAGAUUAAAAAGAAUUAAUAUCAUAAUAUGAGAGAAUAAUUGAAAGAGACAAAAAGUAAAUGUAACCUUAAUCUUAUCCUUAAAAUACAUCUUAUAUAGAAUCAUAAAUAAUACCAUAAUAAUAAUAAUAAUUGCAAUAAUACUAAUAAUAAUUAUAAUAAUAAUAAUAAUUGUAAUAAUAAUAAUUGUAAUAAUAAUAAUAAUAAUAAUAAUACUAAUAAUAAUAAUACUUAUAAUAAUAGUAAUAAUAAUACUAAUAAUCAUUAUAAUAAUAAUAAUAGUAAUAAAUUUAUUCUUCUAAAUUAUAAUAUGAAAAAUAUAUUUAACCAUCAUUAUCUAUCCAAACCUAACCUUUACAUACAUAACCUUCAUAUUCCUAACCUAUGUAUACUCAACCUAUGAAUACAAACAUAAUUUAUACAUAACCUGUUUCCCAUAGAUAACCUAAAACAUUUUUUACUAAUAAUAAAAUUAAUCAUUAAUUAUAAUAAUAAUAAAAGGAAACAAAAAACCAAAGAGAAUAUCAUAUACCAAAAAAUAGCUUUCAUUUAGAUGAUGAUGAUUAUUAAAAGUCAGGUCCGGAGUUUUAGGAAACAUUUUUAUAUAAAUUCUAAAAUGUUAUUGGAAGAAUGGAAGAUAAACUAUAAAAAAUGUAGAAUGAACUUAAUAGUUCAGAUGUUUCUGACAAACCAAGAAAAUUAAAAUGAUU